CCAUCGUAACCACCACUUCCAGCCAUGAUCGCCAUCCUCUUAACCGUCCUGGCGCUGGCCUCUGCGGCCUUCGGUUGUGGUGUCCCGACCUACAAACCCAACGUGUCCAGAGUCGUUGGAGGGGACAAUGCCCGGCAAAACAGCUGGCCCUGGCAGGUGUCUCUCCAGUAUUCCUCCAGCGGGUCAUGGCGGCACACCUGCGGAGGGACGCUCAUUGCCAACAACUGGGUCAUGACGGCGGCCCAUUGCAUCAGUUCAUCCCGCACCUAUCGGGUUUACCUUGGGAAAUACAACCUCGCAGCCAGCGAGUCCGGAUCGGUGGCCAUUUCCCCCGAAAAAAUCAUUGUUCACUCCAAGUGGGACUCCAGCAGCGUUUCCAAAGGGAAUGAUAUCGCCCUCAUCAAGCUCUCCAAAGCGGUCACUCUGAGCGACAAGAUCCAGCCGGCCUGCCUCCCAAAAGCCAACAGCAUUUUGGCUCAAAACACGGUCUGCUACGUGACCGGAUGGGGCCGGCUGCAGACGAACGGCGCCUUGCCGGACAUCCUGCAGCAGGGCCGCCUCUUGGUGGUGGGCCACGCCACUUGCACGCAGUCCAGCUGGUGGGGCAGCACCGUCAAGGACAACAUGGUCUGCGCCGGAGGAGACGGAAAGAUCUCCAGCUGCAAUGUGAGUCCCGUCCUGAUGCCUCUGUGUUGACUUAUCUUGGGAUCU